AUGGGCCCCUGUACCGCCUCCUCAUGCUGCUGCCAGGCCCGUAAUCUGCCAUGGGCCCCCGUACCGCCUCCUCAUGCUGCUGCCAGGCCCGUAAUCUGCCAUGGGCCCCCGUACCGCCUCCUCAUGCUGCUGCCAGGUCCAGAGUGUCUCAUGGGUCCCUGUACGGCCUCCCAUUGCUGCUGUCUCCAUCGCCACACUCUGCCAUGUGCCACUUUCAGGUCUCCUCACACUGCUGGUGGGUUCCAUUUUGGCAUAGGGUGCUGUAUGGCCUCCCAUUGCUGCUGCCUCCACCGCCACACUGUGGCUCCACUCUCUGGUUUUGGCCCCGUGACUGCCCAAAUGAGUGAAGUGUGCGGUGAUUCUAAGAUCGACGGCACUCAUCUGCAUGUCAUACUGACUGACAGUAUUAUUUCUCUUCCCCAGCAGACUCCAAGGGCAUUUAAAUUAAAGGUACAGUGUUCUGCACUAAUAUAA